UCCGAGCUGGGGGGGGGGAAACGAAUUCCUCGGAAGCCCCUUCGUUACAUUGUAUCAUGUGAGCCAGUCGUUACCUUUAUUGCAAGGCGGGAGGGGAGGAAGGGGGGGGCGCGGAAAGAGGGCGCGAGGAGGGACCCGCGGGGGAUCGGCAUUGCCGACGCGAGCCGUCUUGCACCGGAACGAAGAGGUACCCCUCUCGUAGGCAUGUCAGUCAGCGUCCAUGAAAACCGUAAAUCCCGGACGAGCACUGGUUCCAUGAAUAUCUUGCUGUUCCACAAAGCCUCCCACCCAGACUGUGUCCUCUCUCAUCUCAACACCAUGAGGAAGCACUGCAUGUUCACCGAUGUAACUCUCUGGGCUGGGAAGAAGUCCUUCCCCUGCCACCGGGCUGUGUUGGCCGCCUCCAGCAGAUAUUUCGAAGCCAUGUUCAGCAACGGCCUUCGGGAGAGCUUAGGCGACGAGGUGAACUUCCACGACAGUUUGCACCCGGAGAUCUUGGAGUUGCUGCUCGACUACGCCUACUCAUCCAAGGUCAUCAUCAACGAGGAGAACGCGGAGUCUCUGCUAGAAGCCGGCGACAUGUUGCAGUUUCAUGAUGUCCGAGAUGCAGCUGCUGAGUUCCUUGAGAAGAACCUCUACCCUUCCAACUGUUUGGGCAUGAUGGUCCUCUCUGACGCCCACCAGUGCAAAAGACUCUAUGAGCUUUCUUGGAGGAUGUGCCUGGUUAAUUUUGAGACCGUCCACAGGAGCGAAGAGUUCAACAGCCUCUCCAAGGAUACCUUGAUGGACCUCAUUUCCAGCGACGAGCUGGAAAUCGAGGACGAAGAGAAGGUCUUCAAGGCGGUCGUCCAGUGGGUGAAGUAUGACCUAGACAAGAGGAAGCCCUUCCUUCCGGAGUUGCUAAAGAACGUGCGGCUGGCCUUGCUGCCUUCCGAAAGCCUCAAGGAAGCCAUGACGUACGAGGAGCUGAUCAACACCGAAGAGCCGAACAAGCAAAUCAUGGAGGAGGCGCUCCGGUGCAAAAAGAAGAUCCUGCAGAACGAUGGGGUGGUCGUGAGCCCCUGUGCCAGGCCUCGCAAAGCUGGGCACACUUUGCUCAUCUUAGGGGGCCAGACGUUCAUGUGCGACAAGGUCUAUCAAGUGGACCACAAGGCGAAAGAGAUCAUCCCCAAAGCGGACCUGCCCAGCCCAAGGAAAGAGUUCAGCGCCUGCGCGAUUGGGUGCAAAGUCUACAUCACCGGAGGAAGAGGCUCGGAGAAUGGAGUAUCCAAAGACGUGUGGGUCUACGACACGGUCAACGAGGAGUGGUCCAAAGCGGCCCCCAUGCUUAUCGCUCGGUUUGGGCACGGUUCGGCCGAACUAGAAAACUGCCUCUACGUGGUUGGUGGUCACACCGCCGUGGCCGGCGUCUUCCCCGCUUCCCCUUCCGUUUCUCUAAAGCAGGUGGAGAAGUACGAUCCCAUGGCCAACAAAUGGACCAUGGUGGCCCCCCUGAGGGACGGGGUCAGCAACGCCGCCGUCGUCAGCGCCCGGCUCAAGCUCUACGUUUUUGGCGGCACCAGCAUCCACCGGGAUAUGGUGUCCAAGGUCCAGUGCUAUGAUCCGGCAGAAAACCGGUGGACCAUCAAAGCCCAGUGUCCCCAGCCGUGGCGCUACACCGCCGCCGCUGUCUUAGGCAGCCAGAUUUUCAUCAUGGGGGGAGACACCGAAUACACCGCAGCCUCCGCGUACCGUUUUGACUGCGAGACGUACCAGUGGACGCGGAUCGGGGACAUGACGGCCAAGCGGAUGUCCUGCCACGCGUUGGCUUCGGGGAACAAGCUUUACGUGGUCGGGGGUUACUUUGGGACGCAGAGGUGCAAAACCUUGGACUGCUACGACCCCAUGUCAGACACAUGGAACUGUAUCACCACGGUGCCUUACUCCCUGAUCCCUACCGCUUUUGUUAGCACAUGGAAACAUUUGCCCGCUUGACCGUCUGCACAUCGGGAAGGAGUAGAUGCUGAACGUCACGGCCCUAACCGGGCAGGAUGGGAGCACUGCACAAACAUCUGGCUCGUCUUUCUAAUUGCUUCCCACGAGAUCCCUUCCUAUCCCAGUUGGGAAAGGCCCUCGGGUGGCAUCGAAAAACGAGAUACAAAUGGGAUGGGGGUGAAGAGGUCAAGCCAGCAAGCCCGCUGGCUUCCCUCCAUGGAAGAGGGAACAGAGGAUUGGGCACCCACGCAGAGCGCCAUCUUGGCACCCUCUGGACUUCGGACAAAAACGACGAAGCUUCAAGGACUUCAGAAUUCUCUGCUGCCAAGCGAAGAAGCACAAGGCACCUUUACAAGGGCUAUCGUUUGUUUGUAGGGUUUUCAAACGCCGUCGGUUGUUUCUAGUUUGAUGUUCCCUGGAGUUUUUGACUGGUUUUAAUUAAAAAAAGAAA